GACGUUAGGUCACCCAUGGCGAUGGCGUCAAUGCGGGGCUUGCAGAUGUUUAUCACGGAUGUGAGGAACUGCCAGAGCAAGGAUCAGGAGAUGGCGCGCGUCGAGAAGGAGCUCAAUAAGAUCCGGAUGAAAUUCUCAUACGAGAAGAGUUUAUCGUCGUAUGAGAAGAAGAAAUACGUGUGGAAGCUGCUCUACAUCCACAUUCUUGGCUAUCAGCUUGAUUUUGGGCAUCGAGAGGUUCUUUCGCUUGUUGGAUCGCAUAAAUAUGCUGAGAAGCAAGUUGGCUACAUGGUUGCUGGAUGUUUGCUCCACGAAAACCAUGAGUUUCUCAACUUGAUCACCAAAGCUAUUCGUCUCGACAUUAUUGGUCGCAGCGAAACGUAUCAGUGCCUUGCACUAACAAUGAUUGGAAACAUCGGCGGCAGAGAUUUUGCCGAAGCCUUAGCUCCGGAUGUACAAAAGCUUGUCGUUUCUGGUUCUUGUCGACCACUUGUGCGGAAGAAGGCGAUUCUCUGUCUCCUUCACAUUUACCGAAACCAUCCGGAGGUUAUCCAACUGGAUAUAUGGCCUGACCACAUUGUGAAUCUUCUUGACGAAAGAGAUUAUGGUGUUCUUUUAUGUGUGAUGACAUUGCUUGUUGCACUAUCUUCAAAUAAUCCUCAGCAGUAUUACUACUGUGUCUCAAAGUGUGUUCGCAUUCUAGAAAGAUUGUUGCGAAGUCAAAGCAUUCCACAGGACUACACGUUCUAUGGAAUCCCGUCUCCCUGGCUGCAGGUGAAGACGAUGCAAGCAUUGCAACUGCUUCCAUUGCUUGAAGACCCCUCUAGUGUGCGGCUGCUUCUCGAGCUUCUCGAGCGUCUUGUGAUUGGGACCGACAUCACUCAAAGUAUAAACAGAACAAAUGUUAUGCACGCGGCUUUGUUUGAAGCCAUGGAACUGAUUAUGCUGAUUGAUACACAGCAGAGUUUGAUCCCAAGGUGUAUGGUAUCGCUUUCGAAAUUUGUUAGUCUUCGUGAACCGAACCUUCGAUGUCUAGGCAUGAGAGUUUUAGCUCGGCUGCUGUCUGUGGCCGACGUCCGUGAUAAUGUUAGUGUGUAUGAAACUGACAUUCUAUUCUCCUUGAGAGAUCAAGACCGAAGUAUCCAGAAGGUCUCUGUAGACCUUCUUUACGAAAUAUGUGAUGCGACGAAUGUCAAGCGUAUUGUUGAAGAGUUUCUGGAGUGUUUCUCUACGGCCGAGUUUGAUGUUCAAGAAAGUAUUGCAACAAAGGCUGGCCUUCUUGCAGAAAAAUACGCAACAGAUUGCUCCUGGUAUGUGGACGUUGUUUUGCUUCUAGUUGAAAAAGGUGGAGCCCUUGUUCCGGAUGAUGUCUGGCGAGGGUUGAUUCAAUGCGUUGCAGAACAUGACGAUAUACAAGUCUACGCCGCCACCAAAGCUCGGGAGUACAUCAGCAAACCGAUGGUUCACGAGACCAUGCUUAAAAUUGCUGGGAGUCUUCUUGGAGACAACAGCCAUUUACUUGCGCGAAAACCUGGCUACACUCCCAAGGAGAUCUUUUGGGCCCUUCACGAUAAGUUUUCAAAUGUGAGUACGCCAACCAAGAUGGUGCUGCUGUCUUCCUAUAUCAAAUUGUUACUGCAUACACAGCCUGCAGAUGAAGAGCUCCGGAAGGAAAUUUUUCCUCUUUUUGAAAAGUAUGGGGAGCACCUUGAAGCAGACUUGCAACAACGUGCUAUGGGAUUUUUCUCUUUAAGCCAGCAGGAUCAGUAUAUUUCUAAUGAAGAACCAAAGCGACAGGAAGCUCCGGUAAAAAGCUCAAGGGAUUCUCUGCCUGGAACCUCAACAGCUAGAGCACCUGAAGUAGAUCUUCUUGGGGACUUAGUGGCUCCUAGACAAAACGACCCAUUUCAAACGGGAAUUACAAAAGAUCCAUUCUCUUCAAUGCUCGCUCCUGCUGUUCAGCCAACUGGAAACCUCAUCGAAUGGUUUAACGCCUUGUGUUACAAGAAUACGGGAAUCUUGUAUGAAGACCCAUACGUUCAGAUUGGGAUUAAAGCGCAAUAUCAAGGUUCUCGUGGCGAGAUAAAUUUCUAUCUUGGUAAUAAGCAAAGCAAGACUUUGACAUCAGUCCGAGCCAUUAUCCUACCUCAGCCACAUCUUAGAGUUGAAUUUCCGGGAGCUCCUCCAAGCAUACAAGCUGCUGAACAGAUACAAGUGCUUCUUAACGUGGCAUGCUUGUAUGCCGGGAGAAUUGCUCCACUUCUCGACUUUUCGUAUAUGGUUUCUGGCAUGACGGUGUCUGUCAAAUUGCGGAUUCCAAUUGUAAUCAGCAAGUUUUUGCAACCAGCCACUCUCUCUGCAAACGAUUUUUUUUCUGCCUGGAGAGCUCUUGUUACAGCUCCAAACAAGCUUCAAGAAGUGAUUCGUGGACUGCAGUAUUCUACUGUCUCGGAGUUUUCUGACAAGCUAAACGGACUUCGCAUAGGCGUGGCUACUGGACUGGAACCCAAUCCCAAUAACCUCGUUGCAGCCUCGAGUUUUCAUUCAGAAACUGGUGGUGCUUUGCUGUGCAUGGUACGCAUCGAAACAGAUCCGGCUGAUAAGACGCAGUUACGCUUGACAGUCGCGUCGCCGAAUUCACGCUUAGCACUAGAACUCAAGGAGUUUCUCAAAGAGCAACUGCCUGUGACUUUGCCAACGUCUACUUCUCCUGUUCAAACAGCUAUGGUUCCAGUCCCGCCCGUUUUACAGCCAGUUCAGUCAGUUCCAGCACCGAUACUCUCCGCCCCUCCCAUCACUGCAAUGAGUUCUUCCAAUCUGCAAGCGUUUCCCACAGUUUCCACAGGCUUCGCUCAGAAACCUCUUCCUCUUUCUCGCAGUUUCACAACUCUGGCCAUGAUGGCUGGUCAAAAUCUUUCGAGCUCCAAUCCCUUGCCACCUAUGAACGUCCCCGCGGUGCUUAAUGAUCCUCUUGCUGAUCUCUUCGCUCCCAGUGAUUUUGCAGCCUUAGCAAAGCCUUCCGCGUCAUCAUCCAAUGCUGCACCAGUUUCUCUUCAAGAACCUCUCUCCUCAGCUGCUGUUCAUAUUCCUGCUUCGAACUACAGACAGGAAAACACUGGAGCCCCAGACAGUAUUGAUCUUCUCGGGCCCGACACUUCAGCCGAAGCUCUAGUCUCCAAUCCAAGCUCGAGCGGCGAACAGUUUACAGCUGGCAAUCCGUUUGCUGACCUCGAUAGCGCUCCUGAAGCUUCUACUCCACCUCCAAAUGCUCAGCCGAGAAAUCCAGCGUCAACUUUUGACUUCGAGGACCUCUUAUAGAUAACCGGGUUGUAAUGGCUGCUGCAGAAGGUAGCGGUGCUGCUGCUGCGCCAUCGUCCCUGGAUGGUGUUGGAGGCG